AUGGGUCAUCAUACCAUGCCUCUCCCUCGCAUCCCAGACUUGAGUCUUCCAUCUUUUCGGGAGCUCGACGAGUCCGUCGAAGCCAACAGGCGCAACCAGCCAAGCUCGCGUCUUUCUAACAAUAUGUUCGAUGGAACAGAUAAGAGUUCCUCGUCUUCACCGCAGAAGAUCAAUACCAUUCCCAACCCGUACCCACCCUAUCCAGCUAAUGGAUGGCUUGUCCCGCCUGACCCCAGCCAGAAUGCUUUCCGGGGGCCCGGAUUUACUUACCAAGACGUCUCUACUGGUGUGCUUCAACACAAUGUGAACGCAGAGAGGGAUUUGACUCCCACCCCCCAACUCCCUGUACGCCUGAAGGAACCCCAGCCAAUUCAGACAUCCCCAACGUCUACGCAGUCGACUCUCAGCUCUGCACAGACAAUAAUCCGGGAGCGGCUAUCUACAAGCACCCCGGUAGCAUCAACCCCGGAGAAUAUCUCCCCCAACGUGCCUCGACGAAUCCUAACAAAUCGGGCCCCACCGAACAAGCAAGUCAACCGGCAAAGGAUUAACCGCGAUGCAACCGCAAACCACCGAGUCCAGAGACGGCGAGUCGGCGUUCACUUCUCAGAAGUAGCAGCCCACACUGCGAAGUGCGAUGUGUGCAACAAGCGCAACAAGAACGGUAUGUCUCGCUGCCAGAAUUGCGGCUGGCAAAUCUGCCGCAAGUGUCUCACCGACCGAAACGGAGACCGAACCCAUGCUUCCUUCGGAGCUACUCAUGUCCCCGAGGGCGGCGGCGAUAUGCCGGUGUCUUUGCCGCCUGUGGAUGUGGGCCAAGGCCGUCAAUCCGCUGAGUCGAUUGCCGAUGUGAGGGCUGCGCAAACUCUGCUAGAUCUUGGAUCUUUUGGCAGCGCGGCAGGAACUACUAGUACUAUCGGCGUUGUGAGAUGUAUUUCAGAUGGACAGAGAGUGGUCCAUGCACCUCGCCGAGUCUUGCGGCAGCAGGUCGAUGCUUUGUCUACUGAUUCUGAUAUGACCUUGUCGAUUGCUGAGGAUGAGGAGUGGCCUCAGGAUGAGGCUGAUAUCCCUAUUGGUGAGGAUGGUCUGCCUGUUGGAUACAUCAUAACACGUCGCAAUCCUGCGCGUGCUGCGAGACCUUCUACGAAGAUGGCGGAAUGA